GAGCUGACUAGUGACGCUCUGCCCAUGACAACAAAUAGCGUCAAGAUGGCGAAGCACUUUUCUCCCGUUUGGUUAAACGAACAUCAUGCCUUAGUUGACUAUACGGAUACCGCAAAGGCGCCUUCUAAAGACUUUUUUCACGUUUUUGUUACCCCGAACCAGUUCAUAUUCCGAGUUUGGAAAAUCGUACCUCCUACUAGGGCCGAUUCCCACACUCCACCAUACGAAUAUAAAGACACUUUUGAAGAAUUCAAAGAGGAUUCCGCGUGCCAAAGUGAUAUUGAGAGGUUAGCAGGUGCACCAACAUUAAACUUUUUACUGGCGUUGGUGGAGGAAGGAAAGUUGGACUUCAUUUGUCGUAUGCCACGUUCAGUACAGAUCCAGAUCAUACUUAAUCUGGAUUUGGAAGACAUCCAGAGAUUGGGAAGAACUUGUAGAAUGUUCAGAGAGGUAUGUGAUUCUUGCGACCUGUGGAAGAUGAUUUAUCACCGUUACAGCGAGACUCCAAUCACACCGGAACUUGAACAGCUAGCACUAGAGCGGGGCUGGAGACGUCUUUUCUUCACCAACAAACUACAGCUACAGAUGCAGUUAAGACGACUUCAGAAACAUGAUGGAAGCCACGCCUUUGUCACUGAGAUGGAGACUGCGUAAACAGCAUUGCGUAGAAAUCUGCACAGCCGUCCUUUCAGCAUCUCCUGUGAUAAAAUUCUACAAUCAAGCCAGUGGCAGACCUGGUCUAUGUAAUGUGUAAACAAAUUGUUUUGUUAUUCAGUAAUUUGCACAUGUUUGAAGUUUUGUCAAACUGCAACUUUAUUCCAAAAUUCCAAUGAUAUUAUGGACUUUUAUGGGUUUUUUUAAUUUAUUUUUAUUUAAAUCAAAGCUUGCCAUCAACUCAUUCAAGGUUUAAAUGUGUGUAAAACUGAAAGGAAUCAUAAGAAUUUGUAUACAAGCACAAAUGCCUUAAAUAUAUUUGAGUACUCUUGUGUUUAAUGAUAUGCAUUUAUUUAGUGUGUCCUGCACCUUUUUUUCAUAGAGUUGUUGUUUGUGUUGUCAUAUUGACCAAUAUUAUACUGCUUAUAACCUUUGUAGUUGCCUUAAUAUACCCGAUCUAAUGAUGUUUCUUUUAUUUGUGAGACAUUUUGUUUUAAUGAAUAUAUCUCACAUUCUGUUAUUAUAGAAUUAUUUCGCUUGGAAUUUUAAUAUUCAACUGCUCAGAUUUUCCCCUGCAAGUGCCGACUAGAUCAGAUCAUUCUUGUGUACCUUAUUAUUAGUGAAUUUCGUGAGUGUGUUAAUGAAACUGUUUUUGUUUUGUGCCUUAAGUCCUGUAGUUAAUAUUAUUAACUUUCCAUGUGCUCAAUAAUGUUGUGCCAUAAACAAACAUGACCACGGCGGCAUUAAAAUUCAGGAACAUUUGGCUGUGGUUUAUAGGCAUGCGAGGCUCUUCAGAAUUAUAACAUCGAUAGCUAAUUUAAUGCGUGUGUAGUUGGUGUUUGCAUAAUAAGAAUAAACUUUCGGGAAGUUGGUCAAGUGUAUGUGCCUAUACAGUUCUGAAUCCGUGUGUCUCAUCUUCACAAGCCAAGGAUUUACGAUCCACUCCUCUCUAAACUACGAUCCACUCCUUCCUAAACUCUUGGCUUGCAAAGAUGUGGGUCUGUUUCUGUAUGUAUUUAUAACUAUAUAUAUAAUAGUUUGAGCUCUAUGGCAAAUUUUGAAUUCUGUACAUAAUGAAUAAUUAAAUCUCUAAUCAGAGUAGUUUUAAUUCUGUACAUAAUGAAUAAUUAAAUCUCUAAUCAGAGUAGUUGUCACUUAAUUGAUACAUGUAAUUACCUCAGAUGAUUUUUGUUUUGUGUGAUGGAAAUUUAUGAAAACAGUGAGGUGUGCAUAAAAUUUCAUUUUAUAGUCCAAUGGUUAUUUAAUAAAGAGUAAAUUAGCAAA